UUUUUGUUUGUUUGGAGCAAGAGCGCAUCGUAUUUUUCUUAGAAAGGGAAUAAAAGAAAAUUUUGACUCCCUCACUCCUAAAAGAUACUACUACUGCUACAAGAGAAAGAAAAGCGUGAAAACGCCACCGAAUCGUCUCUCUCUACGGAGCUCACAUUCUCGACGACUAUUCACAUCUUAUUCUUUUAUUUAUUUUUACCGGCGGAGGCGGAGCAGCUCUCUCGGCCGCGCGAAAUUUUGUCUCCGCCCCUGAUUGGUAUUCGUAUAUAUGGCGUCUUGAUCAGGGACUUCUUUUGAGGUUUCCUGCGAUAAUUGAAGGUUUUGGAUCAUAUGAAGUGGUUACUCAGUCAACUGGAUGGUGAUUCGAAUGUACAGUUUCUAUUGUGUUUUCUUGAAGAUUUAUCUAGAUUGAGGAAGAUUUCUUGCUCCGAGCCGGACUUCCACAAGUAUAGUAGAGGAUGGCUACUACAACUGAAGGAAGUGAGAGCCUUCAACUGAAAUUCAGAAUAUUUGAUGGGACAGAUAUAGGUCACGGGACAUACUUUUCUUCCAUCACCGCUGCUACACUUAAACAAAAACUUCUUUCUGAGUGGCCUCAAGAUAAAUCAGUUGUGCCAAAGUCAGUGAGCGAUAUGAAACUGAUACAUGCUGGAAAAGUUUUAGAGAAUGGGCAGAGACUUGCUGACUCUGGUUUAUGUGUCGGCAACCUUACAGGUGAAGUUAUUACAAUGCAUGUGGUUGUACAGCCUUCAGUUGCUGAACAGAAGUCAGGUAAGAAGCAAGAUCAGCAUUCAUGCUCGUGCACCAUCCUUUAGAGCCUCUCAAAGGGACUUGAGCUUCUUGUUGCCGAGGCGAAGUCAGACAGUAUUUCCACCUCGAUUUUGUAUGGUGCAGCCUCAGUCUUGGUGGUAUGUAAAGAGUGAUAAAACCAUAUCAAAGGUUAUAAGGUUGCAGUCAUGCUUGUGACAUUUUGUGAUACUUUAAUGAUGGUGCUUCUGUUUAGAUUGAAAUGCACCUAAAGUCACUCAGCAAUCGUACGAGUUGGAAGGUCACCCAAGUCGUAUCUCUUAAAGAAAGCUAAGCAAGUCAUUCACUCAUGUUACAUAUAUAAAAAGUAAUAAAUCUUAUGCAUUUUACUGCAUUUUACACAAGAGUUGGAUCUGCUACUCAUCAUCUUAAUAACUAAUGUGAAAUUGAAGAAAAUAGAUAAAUGAAGCGAUAAAUUAAAGUAUAUAAAUCUAGGUUCUAGAAAGUAAGUAAAACCAACGAAUUAACGAUAAAAUAAAUCAUAAUUCUAGCAAUUAUUUCAAAUGAUUUCUACUUACAAUAGAUAAGAGGCUUAUUUCCCAAAAUGCUCAAGUGAAGAUAUUUUACUACUUUAUUCUAAUCUUUUUUUAAUAAAAACUGAUUGCAGAAAAUGAGAGGUUUGGAGGCGCAGCGGCUGAAGCUGGAUUCCAAUAUAAACAAGGCUGAUUUUAGAGUUUUGGAUAUAAUCAGUUUGAUGUAUUGUGAAAUUUGAAACAUUGUGGAAAGUGCUCAUAGUUGCACAGUCAAUUGUAUCAUGAAGAUCAUUGUAUUUUUUUGUAUUUGGAGAUUUACUGGGAUUUUUUUUUUUUUUUAUGUGAAUUCAUUUU